AACUGUCGUAAACAUUCAGAUCGGAACACGGCAUGUUAGAAACGUGGGUCGACAGAUAUGAAUGUCUCAAAAAUAACGUAAUAUGAACGAAUUAAUUUCGAAAUAUGCUACUGCUUUCUCGGUUGGACAGUUCGGGGAUAUCUAUCAUUUAGUUUUCUUGCGCUAAAGCCGCUGACAUGUUUUUGGCAGCUUGUAGGAAGAGCUGGUCGAGCUGUGUUAAAGGACACACACACAGACUGACUGGCAGCACUGCUGCCACCUGCCACAAAACACCUGCAAACCUCUCGCUGAAAAACACUAACGUUACAUCACCUCUGCGAUGGCUGCAGAGACUGAAGAGAGCAGAUCUGGACCUUCACAGAGCUGACCCUCUCUGUAGAUCAAACCUACAGACACAUCCCUGGAGACUCAGCACUGCUUUCAGUCUCUACUGCACUGAAGCAUCUAGAAAACCAGGCUUGGGAGACAAAAAACCUGCUGAAAGGGAUGAAGAUCAAGCAGACGCUUCCUCUGAAGAACAUUUCCAGUUUAAAGAGCUGUAUGAGAAUCCAUGGACGAUCCCUAAUUACCUCUGUGUUGCCCGGAUCGUUCUGUCUCCUGUCCUGGGAUACUUAAUCAUGGAGCAGUACUUCCACGUCUCUCUGGGGCUUUUUGUUCUGGCCGGAGCUACAGACCUGUUGGACGGCUACAUCGCACGGAACUGGCCCAAUCAGAAGUCGGCUCUGGGCAGCGCUCUGGAUCCAUUGGCUGAUAAGAUUCUCAUCAGUGCUCUUUACAUCAGUCUGACAUAUGCACAACUCAUCCCAGCUCCACUGACAGCACUCAUCAUCUCCAGAGAUGUAGCACUGAUUGCUGCUGUUUUCUAUGUACGGUAUAAAACCGUACCACCUCCUGUAACACUCAGUAAAUUCUUCAACCCGUGUUACACCACUGCCCGGCUGAAACCAACACUCAUCAGCAAGAUGAACACGGGUGUGCAGUUGUUUCUGGUGGCGGCGUCUCUGGCUGCGCCGGUGUUUCACUACACUGACAGUGUUUUACUGCAGUCACUGUGGUACAUCACCGCUCUGACGACCGCAGCAUCCGCUUACAGUUAUUAUCAUUACGGUAAAAAGACCGUUGAGGUGCUGAACAAGACAAAGUAGUUGUACAGUCAUCUGAGAUUGAGCUUCGACCAAGACGUUUGGAUAAUCAGAAUCAGUCUUUAUGCAGAAUGGAAAUUGAUGCCCGGCUCUCACGGCUUUUGUAAUUGAGUCACUUUAGUCUGUGUGAAGACAAAAAUGAGUAAUAUUUUUGAUUAUAAUAUUAAAUCCAUGUGGUGUCACUUCUGAUCGUUAUAUGGUUUUGAUCUCAACAGGAAACUUUUUUUAAAAUCACUUUUAAUGAACUCUGGGUCAACUUUCAGAAUAAAAAUGGACAUCAAAAACA